AUGGAGCAUUUCAAUCCACAUCGUCGUCAUAGAGGAUACAGUGGCUACCAAUUCUACCAUUCUACGGCUUUUGAUGGUAGAAUUGCUCAAUUUCCACCUGGGUCUCUGGACCAGUCUUACAAUCCUCAUUCAAGUGCCAUUGGAGGUUUUGCGCGCCCAGAUCUUCGAGGCUUCGACAACAACCGGUAUCACGAUCCACCUGCCCAGUAUCAAGGCUACAUGUACAAUCCUCAACCGCCUGCCUUGGUUGAUAACAUGGUAAUCCAAAAUCAUGGUGCGGCUAGCGGCCAAUACUACCAACCUAUCGAACAUGAAAACUUUGCGCAUUCGAGACCUCAACACAACACAUACGCUCAUCCGGCUGGUAUUGCUCGUUCAGGACAUCAAAGCAACAUGUACUAUGCUCCACCCGUUGUUUCGACUGGCAACACAACGAUUCCAGACUCCCAUACAGCUUACGGCAACCAACGAGCAGUCCCAAAUGGCAAGUUCUCACCAUUGAUCUCUCCAGACGAGAUCGGUGUCACUUCGACCAAGCCCGACGUUCCGAAUCGCAACCUUCCGCUCCCGACCCCUAAGCGCACGGUGAAGGUCCCAACUGUCUUUCCUUCCUCCCCCAGCCGUCUCAUCUUUGGUUUCGAGAAGCAUCCUACUCCCUACAGUAUCUCCUUCAAUCCACUCCUGCUCAUGCAACGCGACCUCCGUGAGAUUGAGCCUGGCAAGGAUGAAGAGGCUGCGAGACUCCGGAAUUACCUUCAUAACACUUGGAACUCUCUGAUCCUAAAGGACAAUAAGAUCUUCAAUGAUCGUACCCGCUGCCGACUCUGUGGCCAAUGUCCCCGUGUCGAGCAUUCCUUCCACGAAAUGAAUCACCAUUUCUCCCGCAAGGCUUCGGCCUUGUGGAAGGAUCUUCAAAGCAAGUUGUUGAAUACCGAUCCAGCUACCGUUAGUUUGGAGGACAUGGAGAACUUCUACGAUAUGUAUUGGGAGGUCGAGCGGGUUUUCUGGGAGGAUGACUGCAGCACUGAGUGUGGUGUACCUACCUGGACUGGUUACCAUGCAUAA